UUGGGAUUAACGAGGUUUGUCCCAACUGGGCAACCGACGGACGUGGAUCUCGUCGUCUCAUGGGCUCGACGCUGUCGCGGAAGAUCGUCCGGUUCUGGACGCGGAACCACCGGCGCGUGCUGCUGGUGGGCCUCGACGCAGCCGGGAAGACCACGAUCCUGUACCACCUGCGCCUCCACAAGACGAUCCCGACGCUGCCCACGAUCGGCUUCAACACGGAGGCCAUCGCGUUCCACGGCCUCACGCUUGACCUCUGGGACGUCGGCGGCCAGGACUCGCUGCGGCCGUACUGGCGCCACCACUUUACGGGCACCCAAGGCAUCGUCUUUGUCAUCGACAGCUCGGACGCGGAGCGCCUCGAGCUCGCCAAGGCCGAGCUGCACGGCGUGCUCAGCGACGACCAGCUCCACGACGCGUGCUUGCUCGUGGUCCUCAACAAACGCGACCUCAUCCAGGGCGACGCCAGCGACAUCGUCGCGCAGCUCGACUUUUGAAAAGCUAUGCGAAGACCAAGGCCGCAAGUGCCACAUACAGCCCGCGGUGGCCACGACCGGCGACGGACUCACUG